GGCUGCUAGUGUGAAUCCUCUUAACUCGAGCGGUCAGAUUGACUGUUCUUUUUCAUGCUGGAUGAGUUCAGAAGCUUAAUUUAUCUAUUAGCACAGUCAUUCCUGUGCCAGUAAUAUAACACCUCUCCUUUAUGUAAUCCUUCCCUUGCUUCAGCCAGCUGAUGAAAAGCCAAAAAGCACAACUUCUGAUGGAACUGGCUGUAAGUUCAAGCAGAGGAAUGAAGUUGAAGGAUAUUGGAAACAGUAGGACAGAAUAAAUUGUGUUUGGUGUGGAGGAAGAUUUGAUAUGAGAGAUGGAAUUGUGAAUUAAAAAAAUGAUACCUUAUCUUCUGUUGAUUGAAUGAGAGAAAUGGGUUAGUAGAAAUCUGGGUCAGUAGUUAAAAUUAUCUUAGCGAUGAUCGUAAGAUUUAAGUCUUUCACGUUGGAAUUACAAAAGCAAUCCUAAUUAAGUGCUGAGACUUCCAUAUUGGAAAGUACUUAUAAAGGUACUCUGAUAUUUGUACUACUGGGGGGCUGCCUUUAUGUUUGAACCUGAUGGAAUUACUUGACCCAGUAUCCUGGUAUAUCCUGUUUUCUGGCAGUGGGAUUCCUGCAACUGCUGUGCGUUCACAUAAGCAAUGAAAAAUGCCGGUAAAUAAAUCAUAUAUUCAGAGAAGAACACAAUCAGAUUGAAAACAGUUGCUGAGGCAUUUGUUACAUUGCCUGCAGCCUGUUUUUACAUACUGCAGUGAGAGGUUGAGUAAGUGGUCUCUGGAGACUUGGUGUUCUGCACAGCCCUUUGGUUUUUUUUUUCCCUUUAAACCCAGCACUGGCUACAUGGGAGUGCUAUGCAGGACAGCAUGCAGCGUGUCAGCUGACCUGAGUAUUAGUUUCAUGGUACAGGAGGAAAUGAAGUGUUUGAUUCCAAAAGUUUUCCCUUCUUCGGUGCAAUGAGCUCUGGGAUUGAAACUUUAGUGGAGGAGCUUUGCUCCAAGCUGAAAGACCUUCAGAGUAAGCAAGAGGAGAAGAUUCACAAAAAGUUAGAAGGCUCAUUGUCUCCUGAGGCUGAUUUAUCUCCCACAGCAAAGGAUCAAGUAGAAAUGUACUAUGAAGCAUUUCCUCCUCUUUCUGAAAAGCCAGUUUGCCUGCAGGAAAUUAUGACUGUAUGGAAUAAAUCCAAAGUAUGCUCUUACUCUAGCUCCUCAUCUUCAUCCACUGCUCCACCAACUAGCACAGAUACAUCUUCUCCAAAGGACUGCAAUAGUGAAAGUGAAGUAACUAAAGACCGAAGUAAUAAAGUACCUGCCGCUGUGCACGAAAGAACCCAGCAGAAGAAAAGUAAAAAUGAGAAAGAAAACAAGUUUAGUAAUAAUGCUGUUGAGGAUAAGCCUGUUUUGUAUAAAAAACAAGUCCGACAUAAGUCUGAAGGAAAGAUGCGUCCUCGCUCCUGGUCAUCGGGAUCCAGUGAGGCUGGCUCGAGUUCUAGUGGUAAUCAAGGUGAAUACAAGGCAUCAAUGAAAUGCAUUAAAGUAAGACACAAAACAAGAGAGGUUCGAAAUAAAAAAGGGCGUAAUGGGCAAAGCAGGCUUGCAGUGAAAUCUGGUGAAAAGGCCGAUAGAAAAGUCCACAGCGGGAGCAGUAGCAGCAGCAGCAGCGGGUCCAUCAAACAGCUGUGCAAAAGAGGUAAAAGGCCAUUCAAAGAAAUUGGAAGAAAAGAAGCUGGCGGUAAUGACGGAAAAGAUUUGUACAUAGACAGCAGAAAUGAGAAGGAAUAUAAAGAAGAACCCUUGUGGUAUACUGAGCCGAUUACAGAGUACUUUGUUCCUCUUAGCAGAAAAAGCAAGCUGGAGACUACAUACCGCAACAGAGAAGAUAUAUGUGGCAUAACAUCAGAAGCUGUAGAAGAGUUGUCUGAAUCAGUGCAUGGUCUUUGUAUUAGCAACAAUUAUGUUCAUAAAACAUACCUCGCAGCAGGUACUUUCAUCGAUGGUCACUUUGUAGAAAUGCCUGCAGUUCUAAAUGAGGAUAUUGACCUCGCUGGGACCUCAGUUUGUUCUCAACCAGAGGACGACAAAUAUUUAGAUGAUGUUCAUCUGUCAGAACUAACACACUUCUAUGAAGUGGAUAUUGAUCAAUCCAUGUUGGAUCCUGGUGCCUCAGAUACGAUGCAAGGGGAGAGUCGGAUUUUAAAUAUGAUUCGACAAAAGAGUAAAGAAAAAAAUGAUUUUGAGGCAGAAUGUUGCAUAGUGUUAGAUGGAAUGGAGUUGCAAGGGGAAAGUGCAAUAUGGACAGAUUCAACCAGCUCUGUUGGUGCUGAAGGGUGGUUCUUGCAAGACCUUAGUAAUUUAGCUCAAUUUUGGGAGUGCUGUUCAUCUUCUAGUUCUGGCGAUGCAGAUGGAGAAAGUUUUGGAGGAGAUUCUCCUAUCAGAUUCUCCCCCAUCUUAGACAGCACAAUGCUUAAUUCACAUAUGCUUGCUGGCAAUCAAGAGCUCUUUUCAGAUAUUAAUGAAGGGUCUGGUAUAAACUCUUGUUUUUCAGUGUUUGAAGUGCAAUGCAGUAACUCUGUUUUACCGUUUUCUUUUGAAACACUCAACUUGGGAAAUGAAAAUGCAGAUUCUAGUAGCACUGCUAAUAUUCUUGGGAAAACACAGUCUAGGUUGCUAAUAUGGACCAAAAAUAGUGCCUUCGAUGAAAAUGAACACUGUUCCAAUCUUUCAACGAGAACUUGUAGUCCAUGGUCACACUCGGAAGAAACACGUUCAGACAAUGAGACUUUAAAUAUUCCAUAUGAAGAAUCCACACAAUUUAAUGCAGAAGAUAUUAAUUAUGUAGUUCCUAGAGUGUCUUCGGGUUAUGUAGAUGAAGAAAUUCUAGACUUUUUGCCAGAAGAAACCUGCCAGCAACAAGCGAGAACUUUAGGAGAAAUGCCCGCUUUGAUUUUCAAAAAGAAAUCUAAGCUAGAAUCUGUCUGUGGUAUUCAGCUAGAGCAAAAAGCAGAAAGUAAAGACUUCGAAACUACACAGGGGUGUAGUGCAAGCAGUCCGCAUGAAGAUGGCUACAGCUCAGGGGUUAUUAAAGAUAUUUGGACAAAUAUGACAGACAGAAAUUCUGCGGCGAUGUUAGAAAUAGAAGGAGUAGAAGAUGAAUUGUUUUCAACAGAUGUAAAUAACUAUUGCUGCUGUUUGGAUACAGAAGCAAAAGUCGAAACCCUCCAGGAGCCCAAUAAAGCAGUGCAGAGAUCAGAGUAUCACCUUUGGGAAGGUCAAAAAGAGAAUUUAGAGAAGAGAGCGUUUGUCUCAAAUGAUUUAUCAAAAGUAGAUGGUGGUGACUAUACUACACCGUCGAAACCUUGGGAUGUUAACCAAGAUAAAGAAAACUCAUUUAUACUUGGUGGUGUGUAUGGGGAGCUGAAAACAUUUAACAGUGAUGGAGAAUGGGCAGUGGUGCCCCCUAGUCACUCGAAAGGAAGCUUAUUGCAAUGUGCAGCUUCUGAUGUGGUGACAAUUGCUGGUACGGAUGUUUUUAUGACUCCGGGUAAUAGCUUUGCCCCUGGUCAUAGGCAAUUAUGGAGGCCAUUUGUAUCAUUUGAACAGAGCGAUCAAUCGAAGAGUGGAGAUAAUGGAUUAAAUAAGGGUUUUUCUUUUAUCUUCCAUGAAGACUUACUGGGAGCUUGUGGUAACUUUCAAGUUGAAGAACCAGGGCUUGAAUACUCAUUCUCUUCCUUUGACCUGAACAAUCCAUUUUCUCAAGUUCUUCACGUAGAGUGUUCGUUUGAACCAGAAGGAAUCGCAUCCUUCAGCCCUAGUUUUAAACCUAAGUCAAUUCUGUGCUCUGAUUCAGACAGUGAGGUUUUACACCCCAGAAUAUGUGGUGUUGAUCGAACGCAAUACAGGGCAAUAAGGAUUUCUCCAAGGACUCACUUUCGCCCAAUUUCUGCAUCUGAACUUUCUCCAGGUGGUGGAAGUGAGUCAGAAUUUGAGUCAGAAAAAGAUGAGGGAAGUAUUGCUGUCCCUUCUCAAGUAGAUGUGUUUGAGGAUCCACAAGCGGAUCUCAAACCUCUGGAAGAAGAUGCAGAAAAAGAAGGGCAUUAUUAUGGAAAAUCAGAGCUCGAAUCUGGAAAAUUCCUUCCCAGAUUAAAGAAGUCUGGAAUGGAGAAGAGUGCACAAACAUCAUUGGAUUCCCAAGAAGAGACUGCUGCGAUUUUACCAGCAGGAAGCCAAGAUCCAUGUUUAGAAUGCAGUAUGAAAGAAUCCCUAGAUGGGAGGGUGAUGGAGAGCUCUAAAGUAAACUGCAGAAUAGUGGAGCCGCGAGAGGAGACUAGCAGGUUUUGCAGUUGUAAAGCAGAAUGCCGUUUCCCCACUUAUGAAGAUAAUCCUGUUUCUUCAGGAGAGCUUGAAGAGUUUCCUGUAUUGAAUACUGAUCUGCAGAGAAUGAGUGGCAGCCAGGAAAAGCAGUGCUGGUGGGAAAAGGCGCUCUAUUCUCCCCUUUUUCCUGCGUCACAGUGUGAAGAGUGUUACACAAAUGCCAAGGGAGAGAAUGGUGUGGGAGAAUUUGCAGAUGUAAAGGAGAUACCCAAUGAUGAUGAACACCUUUUAGAUUUUAACAUGGUUUCUUCUGUUUAUGAAGCAAGAUGUGCAGAUGAUAUCAACGCCGAGGCAAAACCAAACGGCUUCAGGAAGAAGAUCUACUCCAGUGAUAGCUCCAGCUCUGAGGACACCGCUUCGGAAGGUGGCAGCGAAUGGGCCGAUCCGUGUGAGGAGGAGCUUUUUUCUCGAACUCAACUCUAAAAACUGCAGAGUAGGACGGAUGACUUAAAAGUAACGUGAGGUGGAAAACUAUCCUUCUUUGAGGGUCUGUAGCUCUAAAACAACAACUUGAGUUUCCUCUUCAGUUAAUGGAUUCAGAUGUGUAUUUAUCUUUCUCUUCUUGCUUAUUUUAUAGAUGAGGACACAGCUGUCCCGUUGAAGAUUUUUUUCACCCCCAAACUGUUAAAUUCUUGGCUAUUUGAACUAGACUAGAUUGUGUUGUUAAAUCAAGAAUGGAUGUGCAUGUGCUUGUCUUAGUAGUACCACUGCUUUUUUGCAUCUUAAUUGCAGUUAUUUUCAUUCGUAACUGUAGCCCUACCACUACUGCUAUCUUCUUAGCAUCGCAGUGUCUACAAGUACUUCUGCUGUUCAGAGACUUUAGCUUUUGGCACAUUAGGCUUUGUUCUUUAAGAACCGGGAGAUAAAUACUUAACACUGUAAUCUAUCAGUGCCUUUCUGAAUGCAGGAGAAAAGCAUGAAUGACUUGUCCGGUCUUCAUUCAGUAAAUCUCAUGACUUUGAAGUAGGAACAACAGGGUUGUGCUUUAGAGACUUACAGAAACUGUGUUUUCUCUCCUAUGAUUCCCUUUCUCCCCCCUCCCGCAAACCAACGCUGAGGUUACCAUGGUUUGUAUUUUUGCUAACUGGAGUAGCCAAGGAUUUUUUGUAGGUAUGGAGGCAAUGUGGUUUUUCUUUUUUUUUUNUUUUUUUUUUUUUUUUUUUUUUUUUUUUUUUUUUUUUUUUUUUUUUUUUUUUUUUUUUUUUUUUUUUUUUUUUGUCCUUUUUAGCAACUUGCCGACGUGGGGCGGUUUAAAAAGAAGUAACACCAAAAAUAAUAAACCACUGUGGUGAUGUGUGGGUCGUUUUGAACCUUGUAACAAGUAAUGAGAAUGUUGUCUUGUUGCAAACGAUGGCGUUCUUGUAACCUGCAAAAGCAUUCGAGACUGAAUUUGAGCCUGAGUGACUGAACCGAUCUCAAAUGCUGGGUGUGCUCCGUGUUUUAAGUGCGAAGGGUCAGUGCUUCACUUGAGAGAAAUCCUGUGGCUGCUGCAGUUAGCUGCUGUUGUGGCUGUAAUUUAGUAAACCUCGUAGUUCAUUUUGUGUUUCUGAGAGAAUGCGUGGGGCAAGUUACGUGUGUGGUGGGUGGGGGUAGGGCAAGUGAUGAUUUCCAACAUACCUGUGUGAUUGCAGUAGUGACUGUUGCUUUAUGUGACUUGCUUUUCGAUUUUAUUUUGUUAACUUAGAAAGUCAAUACAUUGUCAAGUUGCAUCUGUACAAAGGUAUCGACUCCUUGUGCUUUUAACACAUUAUGCAAAAUGUAUAAGCCAGGAGGAGCAAUAUUUGCAAAACUAAACGUUCUUAGUUUUCACCGACUCGUAGUUAAAAACCAACAACAAAGAACUAAUUAUACAGUAGCAGCAUGUCUAUAACAGCGGAAAGUGCAGAAAGUCCAAUACUGACUUGAAAAGCUUAACCAUUAAUUUUGACAGGCAAUAAACAUCACGUGAGAACUGUAGCUGUUUGAAACGUGAGCUGAACUGGCUUUGAAAUAUGUUCUGUGCUAGGAAGGCUUUCUGAAUAACCGGGUUUUGUUGCCUUUAUUAAAUUGAUAGCGGAUGAAUUGAAACGCGUGGUUAGGAAACCACGCCACGCUUGGUGCGACAUCGUAGUUGAGUUCCUCACCUAAAAUUGGCUCAGCCUGUCCCUACCCUGGGGCUUUCUUUGGGUCCUCCUGUUGAGCUACGUUUUAGGGUUUGUAUUGAUACAACAAAUCUUUUGACACUUUACAGUUUCUUUUCUUAAUUUAUUUGCAGACUUUGGAGAGAUUUUUAUAUAUUUUACUUUCUUCUGGAGCUUCCUUGAGAGCUUGUUUAGCACCUGCACUGAGAACUAGUUAUAACUGUAACAUGAAAGUAAACGAGAGCUUUACACGUAAAUUCUUCAGAUCACUGCAGUGAAGAAUGGAAUAGAACUUCAUUCAAGAACAAGAAAUGAUCAAAUGGACAUAUUUCAAACACAAACUUCAGCUCAGUUAAUUUUGGCUGGAGCUGCUUCUUUGGUAAGAAAGGGCUCAAAAAUCACAAAGGUGUUGCCUAUAGUUACGUUGUGGUAUGUAAUAAUUCCAGCACCUUUGGGGAAAAUAAAAUCGUAUUUUGAGCUUGGGCAAUAACAAAUUGUCUGUACUUGUUUUCAUAGUUUACUGGCUAAAGCUCUAAAGCUUUCAGUGAGAAGUGAAGUGUGGUUUUUAGUUUUUCUGUAUGGAUAGAAACACAAAACAACAACAAAAAGCAUUAAAGGUUGGCAUACGCUGAACCGCACUGUGGUAUGAAGCGCAUUGCAUAUCCAUAGCACUGAAGUAUCAGUUUUCCAUUCCUGGGCUGAAAUUUGUUUCUACUUUUUGCUUCAAGUGGUUGUAUUGUUCUGAUUUCACGUACACCAGAGUAACUGAUUUUGUUUUCUUGUGGAGUUACUUAACACCAAAUAAAAAUAUAAAAGGACAAUUGGA